AUGCCUUCAGAGGCAAAAGAUCUUGUUCAGCAGUUUGAAGAAACCUAUGUUCUUGGUAAAGUUCACUCAACAAUGGAAAAUAACCAUAUAUUUUGUACAGCUCCUCUCUUUUCACCACAAUUGUGGUCAGUAUUUGAUUCUUUAGAAAUUGGAAUUCCAAGAACUUCAAAUACUGUUGAGGGUUGGCAUAAUAGAUGUGCAACAUUGAUUGGUAGACAACAUGUAGGACUUUAUACAUUUAUUCAGGAAAUACAAAGAGAGCAACAACAAAUUGAAGCCCAGAUUGAACAUAUAUUUCAUGGUGAACAACAUACUAAGCAAAAAAAACAUUUGGCAGAGAAGGAAAAGAGAAUUACAACUAUUAUUAAUGAUUUAAAUAAUUGCUCAUUAAUAGAAUUCCUUACUAGAAUUGCUCAUAAUCUCUCAUUAUAA